UUAAAUAAUGUGUAUACGGACACACUCACAACUGACAACUGUGUGAGUGGUAAAAUUUGCCUUUUUGCCGAGCAUCCGUUUGAAAUUUCGUUGAGUGUCCGCCGUGACAGCCAAUAGUUAGUUGUUGCAAGGCCUCCGAGCUACACACAACACACCAUAUCACCACAAUACACACAUACAUACAUACGUACAUAACAAAGGGCAACAACAGCGUCGCAUCCCCAAUAAGUGGCAGCAACUGCGACGCACAACAGCAGCACCGUUUGUUGUUAAUUGAAAUAAAUUGAUAUAAAUUCCUCGACUGUUCUGCUCAUAUUGUUAAUAAAGAGCAGUGCAGGCAGCGGCAGUCAGCAGCAACAAGCAGCGUAAACAAAACAGUGAAAAAAUGUGGUUUUAGUACCGCGGCAGGCGUCAAUAUAAAGCAUCCAGCAGCAUCAAACGUACAGCAGCAGAGGGCCAACACUCAACAUCUUGGGCAGGAGGGACAUGCGCAGUGGCACCUUUGGUAGUGGCAACAGCGGCUUGGCCAACAAACCGUAAGAGCGAAACCGAGUUAGCAGGACAACUGACUUGCAGGAGCCAUUCCAUUCCGCACGACAUGGCCUUCUCACGGCACAACAUCGAGAAGCGCCGACUCAUCGAGCUAGUGCGCUUGAAUCCCAUCCUCUGGGAUUGCCGCCUGCCCCACUACAAGCGCUCCGAUAAAAAGAAGGCCAUCAAGUGGAAUGAGCUGGGGCGACUCUUUAACGUAAAUGGUGAACGGGUGCAGCGCACCUUUACAUCGCUUCGCGAGAUCUUCCGUCGCGAGUUGAACCAUGAGAAGAUGCUGGGCACCACGCGCUUCAAGUCCAAAUGGGAGUACUACGACGCAAUGGGCUUCUUAAAGGAGGUCAUUCGGGAGCGCAAAUCCCGAGAGCGCAUCAAACCAGGAUCCUUAGAUACCGCUCCCGCCUCAUCGGGCAACAACAAUAAUAUGAGUCGCAAUAGCAGCAACAAUAACAGCAAUACCACGGCUCUGGAUGAGUAUCAGUACUUUGCACCUAGCGACCCCAACAACCCGAAUAAUCAGCCACAGUCACAGGUCUCGGUCCAAAGUCACAAGUCAACGGCAAAGAGCAACCCGACUGCUGCGAAUAUUCCCAAGCAGGGUCUUAGCCUCAGCCAGUUGCCCACCGCUCUUCAGCAGCAGGCUCAACACCUUCAGGCGCUUCAGCUGCAGCCGGACGUGACGCUGACCUCCAUAAGCGCGCUCCAGAGCCAGAGCCAGCCUCCAGGUAGUCCCCAACGCAUGAUUACGCCCACGGCAACGUCUGUACAUCACGCCUCGCCCGCCCAAGUAUUGUCCAGCUCGCGCUCCUGCAGCUCAUCGCCUUCCAUUUAUAUUAAGGAUGAACCGGGCUCCCCAGUGGGUGGAGAAAAUGGGGAUGCUUCCGAAAACGUUCCAGAGGUGGCUAGAAAAAAGCUAGCUACUAUUCGGCCCCAGACCAAGCAACAGCUCAAGGCUCGUCUGCAGAUACCCCUGUCCAAGAACUCAACGGUGUAUGCAACGUCGCCGCCCCACCUGAUCAUCAAUGCCAACAACGAACUGAUCGACGCUGACGCCGGAGAUCUGGACGAGGAUCUAGAUGACUUCGAUGAAGAUGAAGAUGGCACUGGACACUGCUCGCCUGCAGUGGACGCAGACAUGAUGGGCAUCGAUGGCCGGCUCUCGGCUGGCAGCAGCUACACUGGAGUAGGCGCGGUCGGGGGCCGAGGACUCGGGCGCAUGCAUUCGCAGUCUCGCCAGGUGCCCAGUCCCAGAGAGAUGCUCUACAUAAAGUUCGGCGACUUUCUCUCAGCCCGACUGAACACCUUACAAGAUACAGUGGCCAACGACCUGAUGAACAAGAUUUUGCUGCUCAUCGCAGAAAAGUGAGGAAACUAGGACUGAAGCUACCUCCGCAAUGAUUAAAUCUGCAGCGGAACUGCUCCCGGCAAACCAACUCAUGUAGAAUAACCAAUGUGUGAACCAAGUCUGUAUUAUGUGCCAUAUGUGACACCACCAUCCGUAUGAAAG